CCGGCUGCCAGUGGUCAGUGCCGUGCUGGCCCGUCCCACGCGUUCACCCCGGGUCGAGUUCACUCUCCGGGGACGUCUCGAGCGGGUAUCCAGCGCAGGGUACAAGAUCCGCUUGUAGGGACUCCAGAUGGCCAGGAUGACCAUAGAUGCAAGUCCGGAGUACACUGAACUGUACCGCCACCUUGAGUUCCUCGUGGGCGAAGAAGAGAAACGUGUGUUCGGCAAGAUGGCUUCCUUGCUGAGUAGCCAGGCUUCCCGGUUCAAGCCGCUGACAAACGUAGGCUUCAGCACCUGGCUCACUGGCUAUCGCGACAGAGUGCCGAGACCAAGACUGCGCUCGUGCCAUGGGUGCGCGUGCUCACCGUCGCCACGUCGGCCCAGGACGUGGCCGAGGAGACCGCCGAUGUCACCGCAAAUGUCGCCGCCGGCCGCCGCCCGCUGCAUCUUAUGCGCCGUCGCCCCAAGCAGCCCAAGCAUCCCAAGCAGGACGCCCCGAGACCUGCCGACAAAUCGGGCCGAUUUGACCACCCCUCUGCCACCGGGUCAUCUCAGCAAAGGCACUCCAGCGGUACCGACGGCCUUGCAUAGAGCUCCGCAGGAUGAUACACUUUGUUAA